UCAACCAAUCAAAGGUAUUGUGACAUUUUCAUACCUAUAUACCGGAAAUAAAGACACACCUGGAAGAAAUUGUGGAAGAUAUAUAUAUCGUUAUCAUGUCGAAGUUUUCACAGCAGCAGCUCGAGGAGCUGAAAGAAGCAUUUAUUAUAUUUGACAAAGACAAUGAUAAGAAAGUCAACAUGAAAGAAUUAGCAACUAUUAUGAGGUCCAUUGGCUUUAGUCCUACUCAGGCAGAUUUACAGAACAUUGCUCAGGAAUAUGGAGCUUCCCAUGGUAAUAAAUUGUUUGACUUCAAUGAAACACAGAGUAUUAUUUCAAAACGUGCACCUCCUCCAGAAAAAGAAGACACAAUCAGGGACUGUUUCAGAAUAUUUGACAAGGAUGGAAAUGGUUAUGUCAGUGCUUCAGAACUCAGACAUGUAUUGACAAAUUUGGGAGAACGUCUGACAGAUGAAGAGGUGGAUGAAAUGAUUAGGGAGGCUGAUAUAACUGGUGAUGGACAAGUAAAUUAUGAUGAAUUUGUAAAAAUAUUAACAACUGGAAGAUAACUUAUCUACAAACCUUGACAUUACAUAUUAUAGUGGUUGUGUUCUAUGCAGAUUAGAUACUACACAUUUGACCAAUGGGAUGUAUGCAAAACAUUUUACAGCUGCAUUGUUUCAAUAGGCAUAAAUCUUUAAUGAAUUCCAUUCAGCUUUACAACUGUUUUUAAAAUUAUACACAAUUUUUCUGAGGUGAAAAACAAGAUCUGUAUUUAUUGCAUUGUUUUUAUAUAUAUUUUACUUUAUUAAUCAUUAAAUAUACAAGACAUUUA